AGCAGAGCAAGAAGCAAAAACACCCAACACACAGAAUUAGUCCUACAAAUAAACAGGGGCGACAUACCUCCAAGAACACAGAGUCAGCCAUGGCAAGGAACCUCUUCCUUGUGCUAUUUGCAGUAGCCACUCUCCUCCAUGGCUCCGCUGCACAGACCCGACACGUCGUCGGCGAUUCCAUUGGCUGGACCAUCCCUUCCGGCGGCGCUGCCACCUACGCCACCUGGGCCGCCAACAAAACCUUCACCGUAGGCGACACUCUCGUGUUCAACUUCACUACCGGGCGACACGACGUAGCCAAGGUGACAAAAUCAGCUUAUGACACAUGCAACGGAGUGACCACGAUUUUCACUGUUUUGACGGGUCCAGCAACGGUGACCCUGAACGAGACAGGGGAACAAUAUUACAUUUGCACCUUCGGAACGCACUGUUCCCUUGGUCAAAAACUCGCAGUCAACGUCACCAAAGCUUCCACAACUACAACCCCUUCCCCUGCGCCUGUCCCAACACCUGCACCAAAGGCUAGCCCCGUGCCCACACCAGCACCAGCACCAGCUCCAGGCCCAUCCACUGGACCAGCCACUUUCAUAGUGGGAGACGCCACAGGCUGGACCGUCCCUAGUGGUGGUGCUGCCUUUUACACAACCUGGGCCACUGGCAAGACCUUCAAGGUUGGAGACACCCUAGUGUUCAACUACCCAGCGAGUGCACACAACGUGGAGGAGGUGACAAAGGAGAAGUUCGAGUCGUGCAACUCAACCUCUCCUAUUGCAACCUACACGACACCACCUGUGAGAUUGACUCUGAACAAGAGUGGGGAACAUUACUUCAUCUGUGGAGUUCCGGGGCACUGCCUAGGAGGUCAAAAGCUGGCCAUCAAUGUGAGCGGCAGCGGCACCGCCACCCCACCUUCCGGCACGACUUCUCCGUCGCCCUCUUCUCCCUCCAGCAACCCUUCUACCCCUUCUACUCCCUCUCCAGCAGGUGCCCCUCCACAGGACUCUGGUGCUGCAUCUCUUGUUGGGUUUUCCGCCACCCUGCUUUCACUUGCCGUGGCAUUUUUCUAUUAGAGACAUGAUUUGUAGUUAGGAUAUUGUUGCGAUCUUCCCAUUGUGUUUCUUAUUUUUUUGAGGGUGUCAAUAAAUUUAGCUUUCCUUUCAUCGGCUAUAGUUUUUGUUUUGUGACGAGUAAAGUUUAUAUGUGACGGUGUGAAUAAUAAUAUGAUAUUAAAUACUAGUGCAUUAGUGUAUUUGUUUGACACUCAACACCGUUAGGAAUUGGAAACCGUCAUAUUUUGUUUGGUUAUGGAAAAAAUUGUGACGUCUGGGUUAUGUUUGAAUUAUGGAGGAGGUUGAUGACUUACCGUCUUUGAAAAAUAUUGAUUUGGGAAGAAAAGGUGACACUCGGAAGUCAAUGUUUGGCUAGAUUUUGGAUCUUCACUGGAAUGAUUAAAUUAUAUGUGAUGGUGAGUUAAUGAGUUGGAAAGGUAUGAUGACAUUAUUAGUAUGUUUGUUUAAUGUUUAAUGUUUAAUGUUUAAUGUUUAA